AUGGAAAAAGAUAAAUGGAAAGAAUUGUUUAGUAAAGAUAUAAUUGACAUUGAUAAAAUGAAGAAAUUAAUAUAUAAAGAAGGAGUUCCAAAUGAUUCAGUAAUCCGAGCGAAUGUAUGGAAAUUAUUACUUGGAUAUUACACACCAAGAAAAAGAGAAUGGGAAGAAAUUGAUUAUAACUGUUUAGAGCAAUAUGAAAAAUAUAUAAAAAAUAUUUAUCCGAAAUAUCCAUCAACAUUAUUAGAUAAAACAUGGAAUGAAAUAUGGAAAACAACAGAGAAUUGUAUUGAUAUAUAUCCAAUAGAAAGAAGUUCAUUUGAAUUAAAUGAAAUUGAAUUAAAAAGAAUACAAUUAAUAGAAAAAGAUAUUAUAAGAACCGUUAUUGGAGCACCAAUUAAUAGAGAUGAACCAAUUCGACAUGACUUAGGAUUUAGAAGAAUAUUAUUUAUAUUAUCAUUAACAAAUGGAGGAGUGUCAUAUGUUCAAGGAAUGAAUAAUUUAUGUAAUGUAUUUUAUUCAUUAUUUGCAUCAUCUUCUAAUCAACCAGAUUAUAAACUUGUUGAAUCACAAACAUUUGGUUGUAUGUUUCUUCUUAUUGAUUUAAUGAGAAAUUGGUUUUUAUCAUCAAAUGAUAAUCUUCCAAAUGGAAUUAAUGCAUCAAUGAAACAAGUUGACAGUUUAUUACAACAAACUGAUAAUAAACUUUAUAAUCAAUUUAUUUCUAAUGGAAUAGAAAGUAGUUUAUAUAUGUUUAGAUGGUUAACAUUAUUAUGUUGUAUGGAAUUUACAUUAUUUGAAACGUUUAUGUAUUGGGACUUUUUCUUUAUUGAUCUUCAUGAAUUUGUAUUAUUAAAAGUAGUGUGUUGUAGUAUAAUUCUGUGCUUAAAAAAAGUACUUAUUAAUAAAGACUUCUCAUCUACUCUUAAAAUUCUUCAAAAUAUUCCUUCAAUUUCUCAUUCUAAAGUUAUUAAGAAAUCUAAAAAGAUUCUUAAAACAAUUCUUCAUUUUAAAAUUCAUCAUUGUACUUCUCAAUUUCCUUUUAAUGCUUUUAUGCAUAUUAAAAGUUCUUCUUCUCAUGUAAAUUAUUCAUUAAAUAAAUCACUCAUUUCAUUGAAUAAUGAAAAUUCUUUAUCUCCAUCACAAUGCAAACAAGUUGAUGCUUAUGAUCAUUUGUCUUCUCCUUCUCAAUGUAAUAAUUCUCUUCUCUUGGAAAAAAAACCAUCAGAUCUUUCACAAAUUAAUAGAAAACAUUCAAUGGAUCAGUCUAAAAGAAAAGUAAUUCAUCUUAAAACAAUCAAAUAG